AUGUGGGAAGACUACGCUCGCCCCAUCGUACAGCAUCUGAAGCUCCAGAUUCGUCUGAACCUCAAGCGUCGAGUGGUGGAGAUCCGCACGUGCGACUUCACAACAGACGCCAGCGCUCUCACGCGAGCUGCCGAGUACACACAGGCCUUCAUGACAGGUUUCUCACUGCAAGACGCCACAGCCAUGUUGAGGCUGGAUGGCCUCUACAUGGAAUCGUUCGAGAUCACUGAUAUCAAGAGGCUCAAGUCAACUCGCACUCGAGUGGUUGUAGCGGACAAGAAAGUGCACGUGAUGGGAUCCGUAGACAGCAUCCAGCAUGCCAAGAAUGUAAUAUCGGACCUUGUACUGGGGCGGCCAACUGCUAGGGCGAACAAGAAGCUGAGUGCCAUCGCGACAAGAUACAAACGAGAGUUAUAG